AUGGCUUCAGGAAGUGUGACUGCUUCCACAGAAGCAGAUAUUAUAAGUGAUUUGCUGAAGAAACCUUUCUCUACUCAUCAACCGGGCGAGCAAAAUAUAAUUGUAACGCAAUGGCCAAUGCUGAAUUUACAAUCGACCACUGGGGAUACAAGCUUUCAGGUGAGUUGGUACACAAAGAAAGAUUGGCAUUGUGGCAGUUUAACCAAGACGGCAAUGUUUUGCUGGCGUUGUCUUUUAUUUUGUCCUGGAACUUCAUCAUCAUGGACGAAGACUGGCUUCAGAAAUAUGAAGGGCUUUCUGUCAGAUUGCAAAAAGCAUGAGAGGGCAAGAUUCCACAUGGCUGCUUACAAGACCUGGAAAACCUAUGGUUCUGGACCUUGUGUGGACUCUCUCAUCUCACAAGCCAGACGUGAUGAGAUUCAGCAUCAUAAUGAGGAGGUAAGGCAAAAUAGAGAAAUGUUAAAAAAUCUAACACAAGCUGUUCUAUAUUUGUCUAGGCAAGAGCUUGCAUUUAG